AACCAAGUGCAAGGUGGAAUCAAGCCCCCUUUAGGGGGAAAACAUUUUGGGGAGCCACGAAGGUCCGAAAGGAUACGCAACCAAAGGAACAACAACCAGGGAGCUUAUCGGCAAGCCUGGGUACUUCAACAAGGGAAUCUGCAACACUCGAGGAGACUGUACAACCGGAAAUAGGUUUGAAAGGGGCUGAGAAUGUUGUGCCUGCCCUUACGAAUUUGGUCCUAUGGUUUAUGGCAUUUGUUAUUGUCCUUUAUCCAAGAAGCAGGACUUGGAAGAUGUCAAGGUGGCAGACUCCAAGACGCUGUCUGAAAAUGAAAGAGAGAAACUGUUUGCUAAGGUGGAUGCAGCCAAGGAUUUCAUUGGGUGGGCACUGCAGGUGCUCUCCCCAAAUUACAUCUCUACCAGCAUGCAACAAAGGUCUAAGUACAACCUCAAUGCUCUGUCACAUGAUGCAGCGAUAGGCUUGGUUCAGUCUGUCUUGGAUAAUGGGGUGCAGCUGAAGGAGGUUUAUGUGGAUACUGUUGGUCCUGCUGAAAAGUAUGAGGAGAAGCUAAAGCAGCGGUUCCCAGGACUGGAAGUCACAGUGAGGGCCAAAGCAGAUUCAUUGUUCCCCAUUGUCAGUGCUGCUAGCAUCUGUGCCAAAGUUGCACGAGAUCACGCUGUUAAUACCUGGAAGUUUAUUGAAGACCUGGAAGAGCUGGACAAAGACUACGGAUCAGGAUAUCCUAAUGAUCCAAAAACAAAAGAAUGGCUAGCAAAAUAUUUGGACCCAGUGUUUGGCUAUCCCCAGUUUGUUCGUUUUAGCUGGAGCACAGCCCAGGUCAUCUUGGAUAAUAAAGCAGUUCCUGUUCGCUGGGAUGAUGAUGAGGAUGAUGGGAAAAGUGCAGCAAAGGAAAAUACUCCAUCAGUACUGUCCUUCUUUGCAAGAAAAAAGGAUGAGACAAAGCGUCAACCACAUCGCUUUUUCCAUGAAAGAAAGCUUGAGACUAUUUCAGAUCUUUAGAUUCUUUCACUUUUUGUACUACUGGGACUCUUGAUCGUUAAUGAGAACCGUACCAUAUUUUGAUUCUAGACUGCUUGCAGUGGAGUAAGUCAGUUCAGAGUUGUUCCUGCUGUCACUACUGUAUACUGUAAGCCGUGUCUGGAAGGAUAGAAAAAGUGGUAGAGGAACAUGGAACUUGACGGUACUUUUUAUAGUACCUGUAAAUUAUUGCAUUAUAUAUUGCCUUUCUAACUUCUUUUUUGGUGUGCUAGUGCCAGUGCCUAAGCUGUAUGUGAACUGCAUUGUGAAGGCAUGUACUUGGUGGGGAGAGAAACUUGCAUUGUGUUUUUUUUAAUAAUAAAACAUUUACACAGUA